AUGGCUGAUACACAGCAACUCGGCGCUCCAGAAGGCAACAUGGUGAAGCGCAAGCGUGAGAGCAGUGACAGCGGUGGCCCAGAUGCUCAACGCCUCAACAGAUCCUCUCACGGCAGUAAUGGGAGUCUUCCAAGUGCGGACGCUCAGAACUUCACCCAUAGUGCCCUCGGUUCCUAUGACCAUGGACUACCAAACACAGCGUCAGAGCUCAACAUUGAUCAACAAAUCCUUCAACAUGUCGGUACUCAAAACGGGAUUACCGAUGAGAAUGCCCUUACCACUGCCAAGGCAGCGCUCGCAGCUCAUAACCCCCAGAACAAGUAUCCCCCUCCUCCGGAAAACGCAUUCGAUAACAACCUGGCCCAUGGCCUGACGUUUGGGGAAGAUCUCGGCCAAAGCAUUGGCCAGAAUCACAAUUCUACUGCUGCCGCAGUCUAUGCAGCUCGGGAGGCACAGAGCAUGAACCAGAAGCCCACUGUUGGCUCGCCUGAAUGGCAUCAAGUCCGAAAGAAUAACCACAAAGAGGUUGAGCGUCGGCGCCGCGAGGCAAUCAACGAAGGUAUCAACCAGAUUGCUCGCCUCGUGCCCAACUGCGACAAGAACAAGGGCGCUAUCUUACAACGGGCGAUCGAGUACAUCAACCAACUGCACGAAGACAAGAGGCAGAUGGGCGAACGAUGGGAGCAGAGCAAUAUGACGACCAACCAUGCCAUCAACGAAAUCAGUGCCCAAAACUCCAAAUUAAAAGUGGAGGUCAACCGUCGCGGCGACAUCGCACUCAAGUGGCUGCAGAGAUGUCGCGACGCAGGUCUGGAAUUCGACGACUACGAAGAAUCCAAGGAGCUAGAGGCCCUCGACGUUGACCAAACCCAGUGCCGCCACUUGUCCACCUGCGAGAAGAGCAGAGCUCUCCGCUCCGCAUCUGCUUACGGAUUGCGUACCCUGAACAAUCUCCGUGAUUUGACUACGCCCAGUUCGGUUAUCGUGCCUGUGUCUGAUUUGAUCAUGUUGUACACAGGCGGCGGUUGA